GCUUCAGUCAGCGUCAAACACGCGCAAACAUGAUCUUUAUUCGUAUUCCUGCGGUUUUGUCGCAUCCGUUUUUGCGGUAUUUGCUAACGUAGACGUUUUUUUUACGCCGGGUGUGUUCCUACGGUCGCGUCGUGAAGGUUAUUUUGGCGAAUAGCGGACGUUUUAUUGCGGAUGAUUCAGCUCUGCUGGACUUGUUUCCAUAGAAACGGGUAGUGCUAACGGAUGCUAAGCUGAUUUAUGCACAGCUUUGUGCUUCAUGAAACGACUGGUUAUGAAAGAUUUUUAAUGUUGUGGAAGCGACGUAUCUCAUCUGCGUGGACAUGGUGUGAAAUUACUGCAGGAGACCCCCUGUAGAGAAGAGCCGAUCACACCCCUGAGAAGCGAUGUCUCAGUUCUCCAGCGAGGAUGAGGCAGAGCUCCAGAGCCUGCUGCGAGAGCUCCUAAAAAGCGUCAAAGACAGAAUCUCAGGAGCACCGUCGGUAGAAUGCGCUGAGGAGAUUUUGCUUCACUUGGAGGAGACUGACAAGAACUUUCACAACUAUGAGUUUGUGAAGUAUCUGCGGGCGUAUGUAGAGAGCAGUUUGGGAAGUGUUAUUGAAGACGAGACCGAGAAUUUUACCAGGGGUGAAGGUCAUGCUAUUGGGCCAGGACAGGACACCCUGGUCCACGCUGUUACGAAGAGGACAAGGGAGUCCGCGCAGUAUAAACAGAUGAUGCAGACUCUAAAGCAGACCAUGAUGGUGGUUGUGGAAUCCCUGAUCAACAAAUUCGAGGAAGAUCAGCUAAAGAAAGAGGAAAUGGACAGGAAGAGCCAACAUGAGCAGUCAAGCAGCCAUUAUACCGACAACUGCUCUGACAGCGACUCUUCGUUCAAUCAGAGCUAUGCGUUUAUCAAACACGAACAACUGCAAGUCAUCGCUGAGAAGCUUGACCCCGGCAGACCACGCGAGGUUCGCUUGGAAGCUUUGCAGUCUUUGUGCUAUGCCCCUCCUUCGGAUGUCCUUAGCUGUGAAAGCUGGACCGGUCUGCGCCGAAACCUCUCUGCUGCGCUCACUGACCCUGACCCUGAGCUCAGUGAUAAAGUCCUUCAAUUUUUUGCAAAAACAUUUUCGUCUUCUCCAUUAAAUGUGACUAAGGACAUCUACAGCACCAUAGCGAAAAGCUUGGAGGCUCAUUUCCUCUACCAUAAGUUGAGUUUUCCGAGCGGCUCUACGAGCAUCGAUGCAAACAGACCAGAUAUGUCCCGUCUCCUCAAACAAAUGCGAUUAAUCAAUGACUUUCAGAAGGAAGUGACAACAUUUUGGAUACGACAUCCAGAGAAGUACAUGGAGGAAAUCAUCGAGAACACCCUCUCUCUUCUCGCUCUGCAUUCUGAACAGGGCAUGAGCAGUCCUGGCUCAGAAAAAUCCCUAGAGCCUAUACACUUAAUUUCUCUGCUAGAUAUCAAAGCCACCUGGUUUAAGAAAUGGAUGCAUGGCUACUACAGCAGAACCGUAGUCUUAAGACUUCUUGAGAGGAAGUACAAGUCUUUGAUUGUUAACGCUCUGCAGCAGUGCAUUUAUUACUUUGAUUCCUGUGAUUCGGUUAGAGAAGAAACUCUGGAAAUUAUCCACAGCCUCGAACAUCAGCAGAUUGGCCCUGCUCGGAGAACUCUCUACACUUCUAAAGAGCUGGAGUUUGUUUACUUCGUUCACUCACUGUGCGUGCUCGGGAGGCUUGUGAUGUACACUAAUGGAAGGAAACUUUUUCCCAUUAAAGCGAAGAAGCGGAGAGAUCCGGUGACUUUGACCGACUUGGUUGUGAUUCUGAUCAAUAUCAUGUACCAACACCCAAAACCAUCCUGUGGUGAGACGACACAUGCAGACUCCCUUUCCCCCACUAAUCUUGUGAUGGAGGUGUUAAGGACCCUGUGUGACCGCACUGAGUGUGCCGUGGAGUGUCUCUACCAAAUCCCUGUUAUAGAAACUCUGCUGGCACCUGUUAUCACCCUGCUCAAAGGAAAGCUGCCCAAAUUAAAUUCCCUAGAAAGUGCCUUGACUCACAUAGCAGACACGCUGGCGAGGAUUGCUACCACUGAACGAGGUUUAUCACUCCUGCUUUAUGACAGAAAUCUCGUCUCGGCCGAGGGUGAAAGUAUUUCAGCAGCACAUGUUGUGGUGCAGUUUACCCAGAGACUGCUGGCAAAAGAGCUGCACGUGUUCAGCGAGCUGGAGAUUCCUCCUGCCGUGAGCGGGGCCUUCAUCUUUGUCUGCCGGCAGAUGUACAACACCUGCGAGGGGCUGCAGGUUCUCCGGCCAUACAGCCUGCACGAGUGCAUCGCUAAAGCCUGGAGAACGACAAGCUCUGUGUCGGAGAGAGUUCCCACUCCUGUUCCUGGAGCUCCCCCAGUGAUCACUUCCCAGGAGCUGCAGAGCGUGGUUGCCUGGGAAGAGAUGCUGUUGGACAAUCUGCUGAAUUUUGCUGCCACACCAAAAGGACUGCUGCUCCUCCAACAGACCGGAGCCAUCAAUGAGUGUGUGACCUACAUGUUCUCAAGAUUCACCAAAAAACUACAGGUCAGCAGGUGUGAGAAGUUUGGUUACGGCGUGAUGGUGACCCAGGUGGCUGCCACAGCCCCAGGCAUUGCGGCCUUGCAAAGCUCAGGAUUUGUCCAGACGAUUGUGGUGGAGUUGUGGUCAGCCUUGGAGUGUGGUCGAGAGGAUGUAAGGGUGGUCCAUCCGAAAUCUACUCCAAUGGACCCUAUCGACAGGAGCUGCCUCAAGUCCUUCCUCUCUCUAGUGAAUCUGCUGUCUUCACCUCACGCUGUGUGGGAGCUGCUGGGACAUCGAGCGCUUCCUAACAAGAAUGAGUACAAUCUGAGAGAGAUGGCAACAUCAGUUUUAGACCUGAUGGACCGCCUUAUCAUUAUUAACUCUGACGCGAAGAUUCACUCCCUUUUCAACUACGAGCAAUCCCACACGUUUGGCCUGAGGCUCUUGAGCGUGCUGUGCUGCAACCUGGAUUCUUUUCUCCUGCUGGAGUCUCAGUAUAACCUCUCUGAGUUACUGCUGCAGGGUCAGAGGGACAACGUCACCGAGCCGCCCACAGGUGAAGGGGAAUUCAUCAUUGAUGGAGUGUCCGUGGAAAGAAACCAUAUCCUGAUUCGGAUCGGUACGGUUGGUGGCCCGUCUGAGAGGAGACUUCCUCCCAGAGCCCUGCAGAAAGGGAAUGACCCAUACCCAUGGCCAAUGGUUUCUGCAUACCCCCUGCCUAAAUAUUACAUCCUCGAUGUGCCCAAGACCCCCCGCACUAAACAGGAGUCGGAGAUCAGUGCUUUCUUGGCCUCGUCUAAAGAAACGGAAAGAGAUGCUAGCUGGAUGGAUGACUGCAGGAGGCAGUUCUGCAAGAUCAUGGCUGCAAAGUCAAACACCCUCACCGGAUACGCUCUUGCGGAUUUGUUGGAGAGGGUUGUGCUGCAUCUCUCGUCUUCAUCCACUGACUGCUUCUUUCCACCAGCUGAAUAUAAAGUGGUGGACCACAGUGUAAAGACUCGUAGCCUGUCGUCUGUGGAGCAGUUAGGUGUGGGAAUAUCUCUCAGGUAUGGCAAGUUCCUAAAGCUUUUGAGAGAAGAUUCAGAGCAGGAUCUGUGUCUUCUUCUCAAGCACUGUCAGGAGUUUCUUUCCCAACAACGAGUCAGUGUGACUUCUGAGCUCUCCUGUUUCCAGGGUGGUUAUCCUGGUCACGAUUGGUUUGCCUCCACAGUUUUUCUGCUCAUGCAUGGCGACGUGGGUCGCUCCUUGAGUCUGCUCUUGCGUUUCUCCCGUCUGCUGCCGUCCGCCUUUCUGUGGCCUCCAAGACUGCACAGCUCCGUGCAUCUCCCUAUAGAGAUCGCUCAGUCGGGCAUUCAUCCUAUCUACUCUUGCACCGCUCAUUACGUCGAAAUGUUGCUCAAGGCUGAGGUUCCUCUGGUUUUUUCUGCCUUCAGGAUGUCUGGCUUCACUCCCUCUCAGAUCUGUAUUCAGUGGCUCGGCCAGUGCUUCUGGAACUACCUGGACUGGCCUGAGAUCUGUCACUAUGUAGCCACGUGCGUCAUCAUGGGACCAGACUAUCAGGUCUAUACGUGCAUCUCUGCCCUCCGUCACCUUCAGCAGGAUAUCCUGCAGCACACUCAGACGCAGGACCUGCAGGUCUUUCUUAAGGAGGAACCAAUCCACGGCUUCAGAGUGAGUAAUUACCUGGAGUACAUGGAGGGGCUGGAGCGCAACUACAGAUCCAUGGUGCUCUCGGACAUGAGGAGCAUCUUACCAAGGAGCAGCUAGAAGGAAAUAGGCAGCCGAAGAUCAGCAGGGACCGAAAGUGCUUGUGGUACAGAAUAAAACUGAAAACGCUGCAAUGAUUUUCUAACACAACAUUCUCGAUAUGUGAAGAGGACACUGUUUUAUCAAACACCGUGUGAAUAUAUCCCAUUUGCUUUCAGUGUCUGAUUUGUUGGGAUUCCUACACUAAAGUAUUCUCACUCAGGGAAUCAUAAAUAUAAGAACACAAACUCUUCAAAGCCAUAUUGCCACUCAGCGGGAUAUAUAAAGCGUAGUAAAUAAAUAAGGGCAGUAAACUGGUCCAAAGUGAUGUGCUUUUUAAAAACCUUUCCACAUAAGCAUUAAUUCUGGGAUAUAUAUAUACAUACACACACUGGACUCAUAAAGUAUUGAAUUAAAUUAUUCUUUUCCUUGAUCAAUCCUGACAGCAUACAGUAUAUAAUAUUGUAUCUUAAUAAUAUAGUCCUGCUUUUGUCGAUUCAUAGUUGCUUGUCAUUAAUGAUGUUGGACUAUUGUGCCAGCUCUAUUAACAUUGCUAAAUCUUUAGGAUGUACAUUCCGAAAUAAGACCAGUAAUGUCAAAAAAAGUGUUUUUUUUACUUUUACCCAAGAAGGGCUCAUAAUAUUGUGUGCAAGAUGUGCUUCACACAUUGAUUCAGUAGAUAAUGCGCGGUUUUUGCCCAAUAUUUUGAUAAUGCUGACCUCAUACACAAGUUGUUUUCCAAGUCUCAGCCCGUUAUGUGACAUCAGUAAAAUAUGAAAAAUUCAAAGCUUUUGAUGCUUGAUUGCCGUCUUAAUGGACAAUCAAACGUGAAGUGUGUGUAAUCUAACAUGUCAACACUUUACAAUGACUCACAGGCCAUUGACGCAGUCUUGUUGUGUAGUGCGUGCUGGAUUUUUUAAAAAAUCUAUAUAUUAACAUCUGCAGUCUCUUAUUCCCAUCCUAAGGAAGCUGUAUAGAGAGGCGGUAUCAUGUUGACAGGCCGUCAUUAGCACAUAGAUGCAAUCUCUCACCCUCGCCAUCUGUAACUCACACAGUGAAUAAUGAAUUAGAUCAUUAGAGAGGUGUCUUUCUCCUUCACAACAACUGCUAAAUAUUGCAUACUGUUUACUCAGUAGGAGGCAGAAGCAGUUAUAUUUUUAAGCUGUAAAGUUCCCUCAGAGUGCAUAUUUUUUACUUACUUUCUCCAUCGCAUUAAAAAAUUAAAAAAAGGAUCACCUGUAAACUUAAGUGUAUAUGCUCAGGUAAUUAAAAAAAAAAAAUCUGUCGUGCACCAUCAGUUGUGUGUAAUCAUAACGAGCUGUACGCAUUAAUCAGGUUAAUGACUUAAUGACUGAUUGUUGGCCAACAGUCAUUUGGAAAGCCGUGUGUGUCUUGUGUUGGCUCCUUGUAAACUGACAAUACAAGGGUUUUUGUGACGUGGAUGUUGAUGAUGUAUCUGCAGACCAAAAUGGUAGGAUAAUUAGAAAAGUCUAAUUAUGGGUAAUUAAACUGAUUAACUGAUAAUUAGGACCUAUCUGUCUCUGCAUUAGGCUUGAGGAGUUGCAUUAGCUUGAUUUUCUCUGGUAAAUAUGCUUUAUUAUUCUCCUUCACAUUAAUUAUCCCCCUUAUGACUGCUAAAUUCCAGUUUCUGAAGACGUACUUGAUGAAUGGGGAAAAAGUCAUUCCAAAGUGAGCACUACUGUCGCUGGCUUACUCUGAAAAGCACUUGAAACAAGUAAUAUGAAGCGUGCAGGGCAUUGGGGGCUGUUUACGCCAAGGACGAUAACUAAAGUUUUAAUAUUUGUUCUAAUUCUGUAAUAAUAAUCCACGCCACAGAUACUGACAAAGAAAAGCUACAUCAUUGGAAUCAGUUUCAGACUGAACAAUAAAACUGAAUCCACUCAGCUCAAGUAUUUAAGGAGGCCAAGCCUCAUUAGAGACUUGCUAUGGACUGCGACAUGUAAGCCGUCCGCCAUAUUGUAGCGGUAUGAUUUGACGUCAUUCGCCAUAGUAAUCAAUGAAUAUUCAAAAGAUGCCACAAUUCUGCAUACAACAGCUCUGUGUGAAUCAAAAGUACGGUGAAUGACAUCACAUACACCGUUCCAACAUGGCGGCCGCAUCUAUGUGCCUGGAGAGGUCCAAUGAGGCAUCUGUAUAUGUCUGUGUGGCAGACAACAUAAUGUUACUAUGCUUUAGCAUUGAUACGAACAAUGAACUAUAAAGGCCCAUUCACACUAUGGACGAUAACUAUAAAGAUACAGUUGAAAAAAUCGAGUCCAUACCACUGCUGCAAUGAUAAAGACAAAGAGAAACGAUAUAGUUGGAAACAUAUUAGAAUAAUUUUUUUUAUUAGAUGAACGAUAAAAACAUUGACGCGCCAGACAGAGUGGGAAUAAACACAAUAUUAUUCGCUGGUGUAUCAUUGUCUUUAUAGUCGUCAUUCUUGGUGUGAACGGAUUUAAAGAUAACGACAUUGUUCUGAAAAUCAUUCUCAAAAUUUAAGAAUAGCGGAGUCCACAUCUCGUUAUAACAGGAUGGAGCCUGAUUGGCUGUCAGUGUUUGAAUCAUUCAUCAGCUGGAAAAAAAUCUGUUCUCAAAAUGAUUCCAACGAUAUAGUUUCUCUGUGCCUUUAUCAUUAUAGCUUUGGUGUGGACUCUGCUAUUCUUUAAUAUUGAGAAUGAUUUUUAGAAAUACAUCUUUAUUAUAUUUAUAUCUAUCAUGCUUGGUGUAAAUGGGCCUUAAGACUUAAAUAACUUGUAUAUACUGACUGUUUAUAUUACAACAUAUAGUUAAUCCUUAAAUGCAUACUUCGAGUCUUUAGUGACUCGGAAACAUCACUUUCUACCCUCUCCCGCCUUCAUUUUUUUAAAGUUAGACGUGAGUUUUCUUAGUAGUCCUCAAUCAAUUCAUUCUAAACAACAGAACUAGAAAAAACAUGUAAAUUAUAAAAAAAAGCUUGUUUUCUGAUGUUGUUUGUUUUGUAAAAAAAAUUGUAUAGGGUCACUAGAGGUAUGUAAGGUAUGUAAAUGUGUUUUAUAUGCCAUGAUGUUUUUCUAACAAUUACUGCAGGCAUCAAACAAACUAAUAUCAUUGAACUGGUCUGAAUGGCUUUGCUGCAGAGCAAUUACUAUGCACAAUGAAAAAUAAAUGUCAUUGCCAUUUGAUUCUGGAAAUGGUGAAUAAGCUGCUAGAUAUCAAAAUAUGAAUUUAUAUAAUAGGAAUAUCAAAAUAAAGUCAUGGUUGAGAUAUGAGACAGAUGAUGCAUGUGCAGGUACGCUUUGACGAUGAUAGCAAUGGUAAAAUCUGCUCAAAUCGAACCCUUUUAAGUUUUAAAGGUAACGAAAUAUGCUUUAUUUUAUUCUUCUGUAAUUGUUCUUAAAAUAUCAUGAGUUUUAUGCAGUAGUUAGAAAUUCAUUCAUGCUGGAUAUAUAGGUCUGGGUGGUUAAAGACGGCAAUAUGUAAUAAUGAUCGUCGAAACAUUCAUGCAUUUAAGGGUUAAAGAUGCAGUUUUGUCUGUAAUAUUUAAUAAAAAUCAAUGUUAAUCAUA